CGAGGGUCGAAAACGAUCAAGAUCUACAAGGGCUUUCGAUAUUGCAAGAACUGGUACUCGAAGAAGCACAUUGCAUAUCGCUGCAGUACUUCGAAGACUUCUGGCUGUAAGGCCACGCUCAAAGUAACCCCGGCCGCUGUUUGGUGGGUGGAGGGUGAACACACGUGCCGUCCGGUCCCGGUAUUGAAUGGGCAACUCAAUGAUGAGACCGACGCAAUGAAACGAACUACAGAUCAGCUAGCAACCCAAAAUCCAACAAUGCCAGAGGGCGACAUUUGGGAGCAAGUAUGCGAGGCGUUCUACGGUCCCGAUAGAGAAGAGCUGUUAGACGGAUUGACAGAGGAGCAAGUUAUCGGGCGUAUCCGUCGCAUUCGCCGCCGAUACUACGGUGGUGAUAUUCACGGAGUUGUGGAAGUCCCUCCCUUCUCCAAAGUGAAAGACUCGGCCAUCCCAUUCUUCCGGUUCCAUUUGGUAACGGCCCACCCCGAUCCUAAGAAAGCACCAAGUCGUGUGCUAGGCUGGGCCCAUCCUGCGCUGAAAGAGCUCCUACUCUACAACAGCGUAUCUCUUUUCCUCGACGGUACUUUUCGAUCUGUACCACGAGGAUUUCGCCAGUGCUUGAUCUUAAUGGUGGAUGACCCAGCGCGUAACCUGUUCACACCGGUAUACUUCGUGCUCUGUACUCCAUGUACGACGAUAUCCUACCGCGACACCGGCAAAAAGCUCAAUCCUGCAGAAAUUGUAUGUGAUUUCGAGUUUAGCCUCAUCUCAUCUGUUCAGACCCGGUUCCAGAACGCUGAAGUGGUGGGCUGUUUCUUCCAUUUUAAACAAGCCAUUCGCCGGCGACUGAAAGACGAGCGCAUCUCCGACGACGAAGUGACUAUCGCUAUGGAGUCUGGCGUCUUGGACAUUCUCACUGUAAUUGAUCCAGACCUCGUCGAUCCGAAGGGCAUCGCAUGGGUGAAGCAGGAGAUCAAGCAGAGGUGCAUCGCGAACAAUUGCCCAUACUCACGCCGUGAGUGGAAAAGUUUUUGGGUUUACUUUAGAAAAACCUGGCUUGAGCGAUACUACAUCACAGAGUGGAAUGUGUUUGGUAUCACCAAUACUAUCGUGGCGCGCACAAACAACCCCUUGGAGAGGUUUAACAGGGAGAUGAACGCCGCGUUCAAGCCCCACCCCAAGCUUCGACACUUUGUUUCUACAAUUGAAACAAUUGGCGGGAACCCGGGUUCCCGCAAAUGA